AUGGCAGACAUUUUGGUUUUUCCGCCAACCCACCUUGAUGACUUCCUUCAGUACUUGCCUCUUGCCUGUGUCCACAGCGUAAAGGCGACCGCCCAAAGACUUGCCCAGGAAGGCGAACUCCAUGUAAAGAGAAGAUGCCAAAGGGUACUAGAGAAGCUGGUUCCAGACCACGUGGCCAGAGAUCACUUCCGAGAACUUUUCGGAUGCUGUGACGACCAGCAUCUCCUUUGCAUGCGACAGUGGCUGGUCAGUGUGGACAACUCGACCCAGUUCAGUCAGUGGCGAACUCAAACAGCUGUGGCCCGUCUGAUGACCGGUGUCAGUCUGGAUGGAGCCGAUUUGUUUGCAGCUGUCAAAAGAGCCUUUCUCGCAAGCCAAGUGCCACGGCUUGCGGGCAAUCCAGCUGUGAUUCUGUGGAUGCAUGUCCUGGGUGCUCUUGAAGAACAAGACCCAAUCCAAUCGAAACUAUUGGCAUGCGAUGCUUGGGAGAGUCUUGCUGGGCAGGUAAGCCAAGAGAACUUCAUAUGGGUAGCUCAGACGGCACACUUUGUCAACGCAAUCGACGAGUUGGAUCGUUGGAUGGUCGUUGCCGGAGGCCCCUCACUCACCCAGCUGCUCAAGUGGUUCAAGAUCUUGGAGCAACAGCUGCAAGAUUCUCCGGUCAGCGGAAGAUACGGCCCCGCAGGCGAUUCCUCGCAGCUUCGAUCCAGGCACUUGGCAAAGAUGAUGCAGAAGCUGAAGGAUCUGGAUCAUCUGGAUGCCAACUUUGACUGA